AUGCCUUCUCUUCGUCGUACCUUUUCCUCGCCGGCCGUUCGUUCUUCACCCUAUCCCUCUCUCUCUGAGCAUGCUGGUCCCAGCAGUCGCCUCCAUGGUGGAAGUCACAGGCGCUCGUCUGGCUCAGAAACGAUUGGCAGGAGAGUCUUGGCGGACAUUGAGUGGUGGAGAGUCGUGGAUGGCCAGUGCGACCUAGAUGCUGACCAGGAGUCGGAGGACGUCAACCGUGACCAAGAGCCCGACCAGCUCCCGGGUUCCGUCCGAAAUACUACUGGCAACCCUACGACGGGCGCUGAGCCUCCUCGAUACACUGAGGUUGAGCGCUCAUAUGUCCCGUCGUCGUGGAGCCCGUUCCUAGGCUCGCCAGAGGUGUCUUCUGUUUUCUCCGACCUGGCCCCCUUGUCUGUCGCGCCAGAAACUCCCCGUCGCCGCCGUCACGGGCAAGAGUCGUCGUCGUCGUCCUUGGAGUCUACGCCUGAGUUGCCUGAAACAUCCGUGGAGGGUCUGCGUCUGGACCUUGAAUAUCUCGAUCUUGGCGCCCAUGAUGCUGAUCUGCCUCCGUACCCGAUGACGAGACGGGCACGCAAUGCCAACCUCCCCCCGUAUCUUACCGUCCGUUCCCAUUCAUUCGCGGACUUCCUUUCCCUCCACAGCGACUCUGCAGCUCAAUACGCCGACUUUGCAGUUUCCCCACUGUCUUCCCACUCGCCCAAUUUCUUCAACUAG